UCCGACGAGUCAGCUAACUCAUAUGAGUGGCUGCUUCAGGUUUUUUUGGAGGCAAUGCACGAGAAGCAUCCCAUUUCAGCGAUCACAGACGGCGACGUUUCAAUGGCCAAAGCCAUAUCAUCAGUCUGGCCUAGCACAUAUCACCGUCUGUGCAGCUGGCAUAUCGAGCAGAAUAUGGUGCUUCACCUCCGAAAGGAAAAGCUUAAGGAAUUUAGGAAAUUUAUUUACUAUGCCAUGGAGGUUCAUGAGUUUGAGAGACACUGGUUGGCUUAUAAGAAGAGAUUCAGAAUCACAAGGAAAAAGAAAGAUGCAUGGAUUCACAGGAUGUACGAGCUGAGAGAAAAGUGGUCUGUAGCAUAUAACAAGGGAAGGUAUUUCCUAGGGAUGUUGAGCAAUCAGAGGAGUGAGUCUCUAAACUCAAGGCUUCAUGUGCACCUGAAUAGGAGAAUGAAACUCGUUGAUCUCGUGCAACACAUUGAACACUGUGUGUCAGUUUUGCGUAGGAAUGAAGCAGCAUUGGACGCUGUAGCUUCGCACACAAUCUCCUUCACUAGAUUGACUGCCGAUCCACUUGAGAUAAGUGCCUCAUCUAUUUAUACCCCUGUUAUGUUCAGUAAGGUAAAGGACGAGAUUGUCAACUUAUCAAGAUGGAAUGUUCUUGAGGUGGAAGAGGACACUGGUUUGGUUAGCUAUGGAGUUGCUCGCAAAGAGUCGGUGCACGUUAGGUUCCAUGUCACAUGUAUUUUUGAUGGAUCUAAGAUGGAAAGUGCAUAUUGUGGAUGUAGGAAGAUGGAAAGCGAGGAUUUUCCAUGUGCUCAUAUAUUUUGCGUUUUGAAGUACAAUGGGAUAUGCACCAUCCCCGCAUGUUGUGUGAAGGCUAGAUGGACAAUGCAAGCCAAGCCUGCUUUCAGUUCUGUGAGGAGUGCCAAUACACAUGUAUGGUCAGAACAGAUGGAUAAGUACCAUGAACUGCGCAAUAUGGCUAGUGAGGCUUUAUUCACGGCCUCAGCUAGUGAAAUGCAGUCAGAAAAGGUGAUGGAGUACCUGAGGAGCAUAUUGGACGAGGGCAACAAAAAUGAUGGGAAUACUGGCACGCCAUCAUUUGUUCCUAUGCCGGCUUAUUUUUCUGGGGCGCGGCAAUGGUUUACAGAUCAAGUCCAAGACCCUAAACCAAUAAUAAAUCCCAAAGGCAGACCAGCCAAAGAAUCGAAUAAGAGGUUGAAGCCAUUCCUGGAGAAUUUGCAAGCAAAAAAGAAAACAUUGAAGAAAGUUCAUGGUCAGUUGAGUAGGGGGAGGAAGAAAAAAGUGAACAAUACUAUAGAAGAAGCAGGAGAAGAAGAAGGAGGAGAAGGAGAAGGAGAAGAAGAAGAAGAAGAAGAAGAAGAAGAGGCGGCAGAAGAAGAGGAUCGUGCUAAGAAGAGGAAACCGGUGAAGAAAGCUUCAGCAAAGGUGACUGAAGUUAGUAUGAUGACUCGGGGGAGAAAGAGAAAAGAGAACAAUGACGAAGUGUGUGCUAAGAACAAAAGACCUUUCAAGAAAACGGCUGGAAAGUCUAAGUAGACAGACAAGGGGGACAAAGAAAAGAUGACAAUGAGGCCACUUUCUGUUUGCCAUUAUUCUAUCGAAUUGUUGGUCACAAGUGUUAUACAUUCAGUUUUUUACUACGGAAUUUAUCAUCAGAGUUAUAUUUGUACUUUGAAUGAGAUGUACAUGCACGCUACAUUUUCCCGUUUAUGAGAUUGGAAUUUAAAAGAUGCAUCAGUGUUGACUCUUGUUGUUAUCGUACUGCAUGACUACCCCAUCUUCUCUUUGUGUUUGUGUGAAUGAACAUACUUGCAGUUUCUCUCGUGCUAAUCCUUCUCACAGCGGUCAUGCAUGGCCGUGCCAGUCGUACGUUAUACAUGGAAUUGAUUGAUCAUGUUUCCAUAAUUGAUCUGAA